CUUCUCUGUAUAAUUGUAGGAUUUCCCCAGGAUAAUGUCAAAGGAAUAUCAGGACCUUCAGUGUCUGCAGGAAGAGGAAACAUCGUCAACUGUCAGCAAGACAACUGGUUCUGCCAUGAAAGCCUACAAGAUGCAGAGUUGGGCAACCUCACACUCUUCACGACUCCUCUAUGGAUUCUGCUGCUUCUGUGCUGUUCUCCUUAUUGUCAUCAUCACCCUCAUUGUGCAUUUACAAAAGCCAGAAGUAAAGGAUAGAAGCUUUGAGUACCAGCUUGGCAACUUCAGUGUCAGUGUGAAGACCCAAGUAUCCCAGAUAACUCAGGAAGGUACCAGACUGAUGGAGAAGAUUACAGAUCUUGAAACAUCAGUGAAGAAGAUUCAGAAUGACCUUUCUAUAGGCUCAUUACAGAGUGACAUGCAGAAAGUCCUUGGUACGCUCGGAAGAUUGAUUGACCGGGUGCACAAAUUGCAACUUAAUGGUUCCCAGGAUCCCGUCUGCCCAGUGGACUGGCAUCGCUUUACCCUCAGCUGUUAUUAUGUCUCCAAAUCAGGAUAUCCCUGGGAAGAAGCUAAAACACGAUGUGAAGGGUUCAAUUCUCAUAUGGUAGUGAUCAAUAAUGAAGAUGAACAGAACUAUGUUUUUGGCAUAGCGAAAACUCAGUUCACUUGGAUUGGCCUCACAGAUUCAGAUGGGGAGUGGAAAUGGUCGGAUGGAACGCCUUAUAAUACUUCUCCCAAGUUCUGGAUCCCAGACCAACCGGAUAAUCAUUUUGGCCAUGGGCUGGGUGGUGGAGAGGACUGCGCUCACCUUCAUUAUAACGGCCGAUGGAAUGAUGACCACUGCUCCCGCCGAUACAGGUUUAUAUGCGAAAAGGCCAUAUGAGCAAAGAGGCCAUCAACUGCUGGACAGCUGGAAGGUAGAGUAGAUACCAACCAAGAGAUGGAGAAACUCAUGGCAAACCUGCAGACUUUCAUCCAGCAGGGGAAUUGCAAAUAUUCUGUGUAUUUAGAGCCACCAAGAGAACAAUAUUCAGUAAUAGUGCCAGUCUAUAUUUCUCUUUGUAUAAACCCUAUAUUUAGAAUUCAGUAAACUUCUCUAAAUAUUUAAUGGGAGCUAAACGUAUCAAAAAAAGUCAGGCCUUGAGAAAUGUUACUACUUUGCUUGCUUUUUGCCUUAUUCAGAUGAUUAAGGAGGCAAUUCUGUAGUUCCUUAGUUUCUAGGCUUGAACCGCAUAGAAAAAAGCCGUAGAGCAAUGGAGUAUUCAAAUUUGGGUUUCCGAAACUCAAAUAGUCCAGAUUUAUUAAGUGCAAAGAUCUCAAAAAUUUGAAUUUUUAAAAAUCGGCAGCUAAAAGCAGGCAAUUUUCUGUAGAAACCAAAGGGAGGUAUAUUUUUUUUCAAAGUCAGAGAAAGGGAAGUUCCUUGGACUUGAUUUAGAAAAAAUAUUAGAAUCUGAAGGAAAUACUUUUUCUUCUCUUCAGAAAAAAUGGAAGGACCAACAUUCAGUUAUAAAAAGAAAGCAGCUAUGGAGAGAUACUGUUAUAAGAUGGAAUUUAUUACUGAAAUUAUCCAAUUCUCCUUUUCCAAAAUCUUUCUUUCUGAGGCUAAAAGCAGUAAUUCUCAAACAAGACCCAUAUUAGAUCCAGAAACAGGGGAAACAGGAGACUGAUUUAUGUCCAACUAACACUGAUUUAGGAAAAAAACCUCUUGGCAAUAAAUAAACAUCACAGAUACAAAUCUAAUUUACAACUAAUUGAAGAACCAACUAAAUAAUUUACGGAGUUCCUCAAAUUUUUUCUUCCAAAUCAUCAUCUCCCACCGUCUCCAAAAAUCUGCAGAGAAAAAACU